UCACAAUCCACUCUCUCCUCUAGAAAUGCUGUUUGCGGUCGUAUUUGGUUUAUUUGCAGUGGCUCAUUCCCUGCCAGCUAUUUACCAGUUCAACUCCUGGAAGCAGGCUCAUGGCAAGAUUUAUCAACCUGAGGAGGAAGUGAAAAGGAUGGAAAUCUUCAUGAACAACUUGAAGUACAUUGAGGAGUUCAACGCUCGCAAGGACAGGACCAUGACCCUUGGACUCAACAAAUUCGCUGACCUGACCAACGAAGAGUUCAGAACUUUGAUGACAGGAUCAGUUAAUGCAACAAAAGAACUCCAAGCUUGGUUCGACAAGGAAGCCUCUACCUUCAUGCCCCCAGCUAACUUUGAAGCACCCGCCUCUGUUGACUGGCGGAACAAAGGUUAUGUGACCGAUGUCAAAGACCAAGGGCAAUGUGGGUCCUGUUGGGCCUUCUCUAGCACAGGGAGCAUUGAAGGACAAUGGUUCAGAAAGUCCGGAGCAUUAGUAAGCUUGAGCGAGCAGCAGCUUCUAGACUGCUCUACAGCUUAUGGAAACCAAGGUUGUAAUGGUGGUCUGAUGGUAAACAGUUUUGCUUACGUAAUACACAAUGGAGGUAUCGAUACUGAAUACCGAUACCCCUAUGAGGCUAUGUUGAAUAAUUGCCGAUACCAGACUAGUUACGUUGGAGCAAAAGUAACCGGUUACGUCAACGUUGUGGCCUAUGAGAGAGACCUCAAACAGGCAGUUGCUUCAAUCGGUCCUAUUUCUAUUGCAAUUGAUGCAAGCCAACAGUCCUUCCAAUUUUACACAGAUGGAAUCUACUCAGAGCCUUACUGCAGUUCAGUAUACCUUGACCACGCCGUUCUUGCAGUGGGCUAUGGGAGCGACAAUGGAGAAGACUACUGGAUCGUCAAAAACUCUUGGGGAGAUAUGUGGGGAGAAAGUGGGUACAUCAGGAUGGCAAGAAACUCCGGCAACAUGUGUGGAGUUGCCUCCAUGGCGAGCUAUCCUCUUGUUUAGAAGAACUGUCAAAUGUUUCUUUUGCUGAUAAAUGAUGACUAUUAUUAGCACCAUAUCACCAAUGUGAUAGUUUGAUUUUAGACUUUAAACAAGCUCCGUUAGCAUAGUAGUGAUUUGAGAAUGAUUGUUUUAAAUCAUUGAACUAGUCGAAUGCACUAAGGAAGAUGCAUUAUGGUAUAUAAUUCUCCUAGAAUGAAGGGUAAACUGUAACAUACCUGGUUUUUAAUUACAACGGAAUUAAUGUGUAUGUGAUAAUGAAUUUAAACACUUUCAAUUUAAGUUAGCCUGAGCUCUUUUUCAUUA